AUGUCACUCCCUCGUCUCCCCACCCCACGCCUCGCUCGCACCCUCGCAACCGCUGUGGCAAAACCUGCCAAACGACACGACUGGACCCGCCAAGAAGUCCAGAAGGUGUAUGACACCCCAUUGCUUGAGUUGGUGUACAAGGCCGCGACUGUCCAUCGGAUGUGGCAUGAUCCGAGUAAGGUGCAGCUGUGUACCCUCAUGAAUAUCAAAACCGGAGGGUGCACAGAAGAUUGUGGCUACUGCUCCCAGUCUUCCAGGUACGACACCGCGACCAAAGCAUCGAAGCUCGUUGACCUCGAGCCCGUCCUCGCCGAAGCCCGUCGUGCAAAAGCCAACGGUAGCACUCGGUUCUGCAUGGGCGCUGCCUGGCGAGAUCUCGCCGGUCGGAAAUCCGGGUUCAAGAAGAUCCUCGCUAUGGUGAGCGAGGUACGAGGUAUGGGCAUGGAGGUGUGCACCACGCUGGGAAUGUUGGAUGCGGACCAGGCGAGGCAGCUUAAGGAGGCUGGGUUGACGGCGUACAACCACAACCUGGACACUUCGCGCGAGUUCUACCCUAGUGUCAUCACCACGAGAAGUUAUGACGAGCGGCUGGAGACGCUCAAAAAUGUCCGCGAAGCAGGCAUCAACGUGUGCUCGGGGGGUAUCCUCGGUUUGGGAGAGAAGGAAGAAGACCGGGUGGGGCUGAUCACAGAGGUUGCAAACUUGCCUGAGCAUCCAGAGAGCUUCCCGGUUAAUGCGCUCGUGCCUAUUCCUGGGACACCCCUUGAAAAUAACACCCCGACGACCGCACCUGAGAUCUUGAGGACUAUCGCUACCGCUAGAAUUGUUCUGCCUAGGACAAUUAUCAGGCUAGCAGCGGGGAGACAGACUUUCUCCGAGACGGAGCAGGCGAUGUGCUUUAUGGCUGGUGCAAAUGCAGUCUUCACAGGAGAAAAGAUGUUGACUACGCCUUGCUCCGGCUGGGACGAAGACAAAGCCAUGUUCGACAGGUGGGGUCUGGACGGCAUGGAGAGCUUCACGCAGGAACAGGUCAUAGAAAACGAACGGGCAGAAGUUCCGUUGCCUCACGAGUCACUUAAGACGGCUCAGCCGCAGCCCGUUGUAGCAUGAAUAAAUUAGACAAAAUUAAACGAGAUAUUCU